AGGAUGACUCUGAGGCUGCAACAUCGACACUGCUCUGCUGACCGGAGAACUAGUUCUACCACAGACCUGUAUCAAACAGCAGCCACUAAUCAAACACCAAAGCAGUCGCAGCUUCAACAUCUUCUAGCAGCAAUGGCAAGGCAAGGUAACCAUGAUCUUCCCGUACCCAGCAAACCAAUCCAACGUUCACUUCGCAUCUUGCCAUACACCCAGACCACUCUGCUGAUGAUCCACCGUCCACCCGUUGACCAUCAACGAUCCAUCUCCAACCUCUUCGAGCACCAGCAUCCCCUUCACCAGCUCAUAUUACUCCUUCGCCAAUCCUGCCCCUUCUCCGCACUCCAGCUGGACAUAGUCCUCACCACUUGAGUCUCGACCACCCACUCGACCAAACAUCCACUUCCAGCAUCCAUACCACCGCUUCACACAAACGAUGAAGGGGGAUGCCCACCGGCAUGAAACCUACACAGCAGUGGGACUAUCGCCGCCGCUACCACACCCAUCCCUAUGCCCUCUGCGAGUCGCACCAAUAGCUUCAAAGUAAGGAACGUGAAGCGUACGCAAGA